AAUCUGAUGUUUUAAUCAAGUUUACUAAUUGUGCUGAUUAAUUAUAUGAAAUUAACUCUCAAUCUUUAUUGUAUUUCUUCACAGUCAUCAUAUGUGCUCAGAAGUAAACACAUUUCAUCCCAACAGUUUCAUUUAAAUCUCUUUUUAUCAAGUUACUUUUUUACUCUUUUAACGUUUUCUUUUCUUAACUCUUCAAUUGUUUAACCUUUCAUUUUAUCACUUUAAAGGUAAUCCAAUAAUUAGUUUAUUUCAUUAAUUUACUUGAAGGUCAAGCCAAUCAAAUUCUACUGAUACAAACAACAAGAUGGACAAAACAUUUGAUAAAAACUUGGUCAGUGAAAUGACAAAAGACAUAAUUGAAAAGACCAUUGGAAGUUCAUCUUACCAACACAACAAAGUGGACCAAUGGACCGCCGCCAUUUGCGAUGAGAUCAUUUCGAGUUUAGUUUCGCGUGAAUGGCCAUUCAAAUUCAUCGCUUCAUGUACAAUUGUACAGAAAAAUGGAGCUGGUUUUCAAUCUUCAACGAGCUGCUAUUGGGACCAAGCGAACGACGCCAAUUGUACAGUUCGAUGGGAAAAUAAGUCCAUGUUUUCGGUGACAAAUAUCUUUGCUGUUUCUCUUUAAAUCAAAUUUAUUAAUCAUUUGGUCCGCGCUUUUCCAAACACCUGAUGAACAAUCUGAUUGUUCGCAAUUUGGGUUUGUAAAUAAAGAUCAUUCAAUGAAACGAAAUGAAAUGAUUCUAAA